AUGGAGGUGAGUUCUCGUGGACUGUGUCAACCUGAACGUCGUAUUAAGACCAAACGCAUAUUUGGAUCCAUCCAUCCCUUCUAUCAGGUCGACAUUGUUUUGCCUAAGGACAUGGUUCUACGAGAAGCGCACGAUAUUGGAGAAACUCUUCAGAAAAAAAUCGAGCGUCUGGAAAAUGUGGAGCGUGCCUUUGUUCAUCUGGACUACGAAUUUGCUCACCACCCUACGAGUGAGCACAAAGUUGUCUAA